UAAAAUAAUAUCAUAACCAGAGACUAAGAAGAGAACAAGAGACAAAACGCAAACCAAACUUGGAAAGAGACAUAUCCUUCUCCUUCCUUAUCUCUUGUCCCUAUGGCAUCAUCGCAAAUCUCAAACGCCGACGCUGAAUCAUUACUGCCACACGAGUUGACUUUGAUCAGCUUAGAAGAUAAAGACAAAACCAACGGAUCAGGAUCAGGAUCAGGACCCCUAAUUACCUCAACCGAUCCGGACCAGCCUUUGGAGAUGGUGGAGAAGAUCUUAAAUUACGAGUUCAAAGACAAGUCUUUGUUGUUAGAAGCUUUCACCGACACUAGUUACGGCGAAGAUUUUUCGAAUGAACGCCUUGAAUUUUUCGGAGAUACAAUCUUAGAUAUGGUUAUAACGAUUGAUAUUUUUUAUUCUUACCCUAAAGAGUCACCUGGUUCGAUGACCAAUCUCCGAGCCGUCAACGUUGACACCGAGAAAUUGGCUCGAGUCGCCGUAAAACACAAUCUUUAUCGCUUCCUCCGUCAUAAGAAACCCUUCCUUGAUAACCAAAUACAAGAAUUUGUGGAAGCGAUAGAGAAAAAUCCAACAUUACACUCACGUGGCCUUGUGAAAGUUCCUAAAUCUCUAGCAAACAUUGUAGAAUCUACCAUAGGAGCUCUUUUCAUGGACUGUAAAUCUAUUGAAACCGUCUGGAAGGUGAUAAAACCAUUGCUGGAACCGAUAAUACCUUUGGACAAGUUGGAGACCCAUCCAGUGACAGAACUCUAUGAGAUGUGUCAGAAGAGGAACUUGAAACUGAAGGCCAAAGAUACUUGGAAAGAAAAUAAAGCGUAUAGUUUCUUUGUUAAGGAUAAAUUGGUUGGGCGUGGAGAACACCUUAUCAAAAAAGAAACUGCUCGUAACUGCGCUGCCAAAGAUGCUAUCGCCAAAUUUUCAACCUUUUUUGGAGACCUUUAAGCUAGUUAUACAAAUAUGUUAUCACUCAUUCUAAGGUAGCCAAGAUUGAUUUUGGUUUUUAUCAAAAUGAACUUAAAAAACUAAUAAGGUUCAAAAGUAAAUAAAGCGGGGAUAUCAACAAAACGGUCUCAAGAGAUAGAUUAAUAAGCGAGUUUAGGGUUAUAGAUGAUUGAUUCAUGUGUACUAAUCAAAUUUAAGAUGUUCUACAAAUAGAAAUCGUAUUCGUUU